CAGUCUCUUUGAAUUGACCCUCCUCCCCCCUCCCCCCUCCAACCUCCGCCUCUUCGCUCCUCCUCCUCCUCCUCCCUCCUCUCGCCUCUCGCCCAUGUUCCCACGUGUUCUUGUCAAUUAAACGAAAUAAACCGAAACAAUGACCUUCCUGGAUACCACAAAAGACCUUUCCGCCUUAUUUUCGCGUCAAGUCAAGGCCACCCCCCAGGCCGUGGCCCUCGAGGAUGACAAGACCACUUUCACAUACGCUGAGCUCGAUCGGGAGGUUGACUGUCUCGCCCGUCGUCUGCGCACAUACGGCGUCAGUCGAGAUACCUUGGUGGGCGUGCUGUUGCCAAGAAGUGCUGAUUAUGUGAUUGCUUGUCUGGCUGCCUUGCGGGCGGGGGGCGCCUUUCUCGUGCUAGAGCUGGCCUAUCCCCCAGAGCUGCUCGCCGACGUGAUUGAGGACGGCAACCCCGCCGUCGUGAUUACCCACGGCGCCGAAGUAGGCAAGAUCAGAUCCGAGGUGCCGUUGAUUGUGCUGGACGAGCCAGCCAUCCAUGCCAAUGGACACGCAGCGGAGCCGGCGCCUCUCCCAGCCGACGACGACUUGGACCGACUGGCAUUUGUCUCCUAUUCCUCGGGGACCACGGGCAAGCCCAAGGGCAUCGCCAAUCCCCACCGAGCUCCAGUACUCUCCUACGAUUUGCGAUUCGGAAUCCAGGACCAGCAGCCUGGCGACCGGGUGGCCUGCAACGUCUUCUUCAUCUGGGAGAUUCUGCGCCCCUUGUUGCGGGGAGCCACCGUGGUGACCGUGCCGGACGAGGUGAGCUAUGACCCGGCUGCAUUGGUCGACCUGCUGGCGGCGAAAAAGGUUACCGAGACCCUGAUGACGCCCACGUUGCUGGCGACCGUGCUGCAGCGUCAUCCCCACAUUAAUGAACGUCUUCCGGAGCUGCGCACGCUCUGGCUGAAUGGUGAAGUGGUCACGACCGAUCUGGCCCGGCGCGCCAUCAAGGCUCUCCCGCACACUCGUCUACUCAACUGCUACAGUGCUUGCGAAACGCAUGAGAUCGCCUGUGGGGAUAUGCGGGAGAUGAUCGAUGAUGAAGCAACCUACUGCCCCGUGGGGCCACCCUUAGAUCCCAAGCACACCCUCAUUCUCGACGAGAGUGGCCAGCCGGUGGAGGCGGGAACCAGUGGGGAACUCUUCGUGGCCGGUCCUUUGCUCGCUCGAGGCUACCUCAAUCUGCCCGAGACCACCGCUAAAGCAUUCAUCCCCCACCCCUUCGAUACACAACCCGGUGCCCGUCUCUACCGGACCGGCGACUUGGCCCGCCUGCUGCCGUCGGGACUGCUGGAAAUCACUGGUCGCGUAGGAUCCAUGAUCAAGUUGCGCGGGUAUUCCGUGGUCCCGGCCAAGGUCGAAAGCGAGAUUGUCAAGAACCUCGCGGUCAGCCAUUGUGCGGUCGUCGCCCACGGCGAAGGUCUGGAGCGACAGCUGGUGGCAUACCUUGUGCCCGACGGAAACGCCGCCGGUCGGCCGCCGGUCGAGAUCAAUGAGGCGGGAUACAGCCCAGCGGCGCGGCGCAUCCUCGCCCAGUCGUUAGCACACUACAUGAUUCCCGCCCUGUGGGUCGUGCUCCCGGAGUUGCCCACGCACGAUGUGACUGGCAAGGUCGACCUCAAGCGCCUGCCGCCCCCUCCGACGAGUGACGGCCACCUCAACGGGAACGGCAAAGCCGAUCAGGACCCGAUCACUCUGGACCAGGUGGCAGCCUGCUGGGCGGCCGCCCUCAAGACCUCCAAGACCCUGCUUAAACCCACGGAUGACUUCUUCGAUUUAGGAGGCCACUCCUUGUCGCUGGCUGACCUUUCUUCGCGCCUGUCCCGCCACUUCGGGUUCCGGGUCCCGAUUGCUCGACUAGCAGAGACCACAACCCUGACGGGUCACUUGGAGACGGUCCGCGCCAUUCGUGACGGACAUACAGCCGCAGUCCAAGCCGAUCUUCCGGCGGUCUUGCGUGCAGAUGCCACCCUCGAUGCUGACAUCCGACCCGCGGCCCCGGCCACGAUCUGCUCCAUUGACCAAGCCAACACCGUCCUUCUGACGGGUGUGACUGGCUUCCUGGGUGCUUUCCUGCUGCACGAUUUGCUGGAGAACACCUCCGCCCACAUUAUCUGCUUGGUCCGAUUCAAUGAGCCGGCCACCGACGAUCAGCCCGGGGGUGUGGCCCGCAUCCGCCGGAAUCUCCUUGAUCUGGGCUUGUGGCGCGAUUCGGUGAUGGAGCGUGUGGAGAUUCUGCCUGGAAACCUCUCCCGCACACGGUUCGGUCUCUCGACGAAGGCUUUCGAUGCGCUCGCAGCGCGCGUGCAGGUGGUCGUCCAUGCUGCCGCGACGGUCAACCUCGUGUAUCCCUACGCCGCUUUGCGGGGUCCCAAUGUGGGGGGGACGCGGGAGAUCCUGCGCCUGGCGAGCAAGAGUGGCGCUACUGUGCAGUACGUGUCGACGAACGGAGUCUUGCCGGCGUCGGGCGCGAAGGGCUGGUCGGAGACCACGCUGCUGGACGUGGAGGAUGUUCCGACCAAGUUGCUUGACGGCUACGGACAGACCAAGUGGGUCGCGGAGCAGCUUGUUCUGGAGGCUGGCCGUCGCGGAUUACCCGUGAAGAUCCACCGAGCGGGUACCAUCAGUGGACACAGCACUACGGGCGCGGCCAACGCCUGGGAUCUGCUGUCUGCCUUGAUCGUGGAGUCGAUCAAGUUGGGCUACGCGCCGGAUGUUGCGGGCUGGCGGGCCGAGAUGACCCCGGUGGAUUUUGUUAGCAAGGCGAUCAUCCAUCUCGCCACUCAGACCCAUGCCGAGCAGACGAUCUUCCAUCUGGGCGAUCCCCAGCCGAUUGACACGCGGGAUGUGUUUGCUGCUCUGCAGGAGCUGGGCUACCCGACGAAGCCUCUUGGCUGGGAUGAGUGGGUUGCUUUGUGGAACGAGCAGCGCAGUCAGGUCAAGGGUGGCGACGGUGGCUUCACGGUAGACAUUCUUCGCAGCGGUAUGCCUACGGUGGAGUUCCUGCGGGACAUUGUCGUCCUCGAUAACGCCGCGACGCGACCGUUCCGCACGUGCGUCGAGCGGCCCAAGGUGGACAAGGCAUUGCUCGAGACCUAUACCCGCCACUGGUUCGCUCGAGGCUGGCUCUCCAAAGCCCCUGUGCGGCAGCAGGUGGUGAACGGAACGGCCACGCUGGCCAAGGGGCCGUUGAGCGGCCGCGUGGCGGUCGUCACCGGUGCGUCUUCGGGGAUUGGCGCCGCAGUGGCCACCGCCCUUGCCCGCGAAGGCUGCCAUGUCGCUCUGGCUGCUCGUCGGGUCGAGGCGCUCAAGACGUUGCAGAAGGAGCUGGCAACUCACGGGGGGAAGAUUAUCGCUAAGAAGACCGACGUCACCCACAAGGCACAGGUGGACGCUCUGUUCCAGGACGCCACCCAAGAACUGGGCCCUAUUGACAUUCUCGUCUCCUGCGCAGGCGUCAUGUAUUUCACCAUGAUGGCAAACGUGCAGACGGACGAGUGGGAGCGCACGGUUGACGUGAACUGCAAGGGACUGUUGCACUGCUUGUCGGCGACGGUUCCGGGCAUGCUCUCGCGGGGCGCGGGACAUAUCGUGGCGAUUUCCUCUGAUGCGGGCCGGAAGGUAUUCCCGGGCCUUGGCGUGUACUCGGCCAGCAAGUUCUUUGUAGAAGCUACGUUGCAGGCUCUGCGUCUGGAGACGGCGGGGACGGGCCUGCGGGUGACCAGUGUGCAGCCCGGCAACGUUGCCACGGAUCUGCUGGGCAUGUCGACGGACGCAGAAGCUCUAAAGAAGUAUGGCGAGCCGUCCGGGGCUGAGGUUCUGGCGCCGGAGGACAUUGCCAACUCGAUUGUGUACGCGCUGCGCCAGCCGGCGCAUGUCUCUGUCAAUGAGGUGUUGAUUGAGCCGCGUGAUGAGCCGAUUUGAGUAUUGAGUAUAGACUAGAUAGACGGUGCUGAGAUGAUCACGACUUAUUUUUUCCAACUGCUCAACGUAUACCUCGAGAUACCGUGUUGACCCCAAUGCCUCGAGUUCGCAUUCACCCGUUGUUUCUUACUAUAAACUCCAUCAUGCACACUAUAGCGGCGUGAGCAUCAACUACAAGUUCAGUUCAAUCCUCAUACUAGCCGUGUCUUCGCCGCAGAACAGGGAUCCCCUCCCCUCCC